UUUUAUUUUAUCAGUCGAAUUAGUUAAAAAUUAAUUAAUUAGAUUUUUUUAAUUUUAAUUAGCAGUAGUGAAUAAAUACCUAGUUAGUUCUACUCAAGUCUCAACACUUCCGCGCAGACCUAGCCACCGCCGUAGCCUCAGGAUAAUGGAUUCGGAGUCUGAAGACACGAAAUCACAGCGAGAGUCACUAUCCAAGAAGAUUAAAAGCAAGAAGAACAAAAAGAAACAGGAUGAUACUUCGUCUGAAACGAUUAAUGCUAAGGUCCAAGUUGUCCCUGAGAACCCGAAUAAAACGUCUCCUAUUAUUGGCUAUUUCCCUUCUGGCUUUGAUCCACUCAAGUCUUAUGGCAGCAGUUCUGGUCCAACUGGUUUCCAACUUUACCGGCACAGAAACAUGACCAAAAGGCUUCAGCUUGUGGUCAGCCCUGCUGGCGCUCCGGUUGAAUUCGUUGGAACAAGUUAUACUGGAGAGGCUGCGGCUGGACACCGAGCCAUGUAUGCACUUGGAGUCUUUGACAAGAAAGCUCAGACUCUGAAAGUUGUGCCCAUUGCUGCUAAUAAGAUAUUCAGGUUGGAGCCAAAAGUUAAAGCCUUGGAAGCGCUUGACAAGGAGCCUGCAAUUUCAACAGUGGAAGAGCUGACUCCUGCAGAUUCAGCUUUGAAACAGAGACAGACUACUGCUAUGUUGGGAACAAAGAGGGACAUAGAGAGGAAUAGAAGGAAGGACGCUCUCAGACAGGGUGAUGAUCCUGAAUCUCAGAAGAAUCUGGGUGAAAAAGUUAAGGACGUUGCCGUUAACAAAGAGGCUCUUGAAAGUACAGAAGUUCAUGUUUCUCGUAAUUUACCACCAUAUGAUGCUUCUGCAACUACACCUCAGGAGGCUUAUAUAUUGGAUAAAAUCAUCCCUAAAAAAGAAUGGGAAUACCUUGAAGACAUUUAUGAUAUGUUGCAACUUGGGGAGGAAGCAGACUUCAGUGCUUAUCCAACUUUUAUUUCCAACAGGAUAGCAAGGUUAAAGGGGAUUAAGGAUGAGGCGGAAAAGAAGAAGAUGUCUUGCAUAUUCUCAUACCUCAAUCAUCUUAUAAAGUUUAAAGAUCAGCACACCAUGCAGGGUGUUUCCUCUGCAAAGAGCCAUAAAAUCCCCCCCAUUCUGCGUUAUAAAUUUUCAUCAAUGUUUGGUGCUACUGAAUCAAGAAGGCUGCCUAACGAUGAGUUGAAUCUGCUUAUUUGUUAUGUCCUGGUGCUGACUCUUUUCUCUGAUGAAUUCCGAACUGACUACACAGAUAUAUCAAAGGAUCUGAGGAUGAGUGUAUUGCUCGUGAGACAACAUUAUUCGGAUUUGGGUUGCAAAUUUCUAAGCCAGAAUAAAAUUUCCUAUGCAACGCUUCCUGUCCCUCUUAAGUUUCCUGAUUCGAAGCAAAGGAAGCGAAAAAGAUAGUAAAUGGAUCACUUCUGGAGGUUGCCAUUUUGGUGCAGUGAUGUCAAAAAUUGCUAUCCAACCCCUGUAGUGGUAGCAUUUUUGAGUUAUUGUUUUUUAUUUGCAUACAUUUAAGCCAUGUUUUUGCUGUUUGGAUAAUUAAGAACGUGAUUAUGAAAUUAACAUCACUUUAUUUGGACUAAAGUUUACGAUUGGCUUGGGUUCAA